ACCUCCCCACACUGCCACUGGUUGCCAUGUCUUACAGCGGUGGCACUGACCCACAAACCGCCUACUAUGGUUAUGUGCCCAGCAAAGCUAUUGGCAUCGUGGCAUGCGUGCUCUUCGGUUUAUCUACCGUCGUCCAUGCAGGCCAGAGUAUCAAAUACAAACUUUGGUGGCUCCUUCCGACAGUAUGUUUGUCUGGUCUCAUCGAGUUGGUCGGAUGGGCCGCUCGUGUAAAGUCGGCCUACGAUCCAACUCUACAGACACCGGUUCUGAUUCAGACGGUGCUACUGAUCAUGGCACCGACGCCGUUGGUUGCAUCCAACUUCAUGAUAUUCUCUCGUAUCGUUGCUCGUGGUGGACAGCAGUUCAGCAGAUUGUCCCCUAGGCGGUACUCCCAAAUCUUCCUCACCGCUGAUGUCGUCGCUUUGAUCAUCCAGACACUUGGAGGUGGGAUGGCCGCGAAGGCAGUCAAGAGCGGUAAUGACCCCAAGCCGGGAUCUCAUACUAUGCUUGCCGGUGUUGUCUUCCAACUCGUCUCGCUCACGAUCUACUCCCUCAUGGGGGUCGAGUUCCUUCUCCGUCAUCACAAGAAUAAUCCUGUCAAUCAUGCACAUGCUAAGGCCAUGGGACCGACUAAGCCCGUGUUCUCGAGUCGCGUGAAGCUCAUGCUGUGGGGACUGGCCCAGAUGGACAUCUAUCUUUUUACUAGGUCUGUCUACCGUGUCGUCGAACUCGCGGAUGGCUGGUUCGGUAAAAUCCACAGGACAGAGAUUUAUUUCGUCAUCCUUGACGGUCUGAUGAUUCUUCUUGCCAUGCUCACGCUCAACAUUUUCCACCCUGGAUUUCUUCUCCGGCAACGCGAAGACGAUCACGAUCCUGUACCACUGCACAGAAUCGACGUGGAAGGGGAGUAAAGGGCGUCGUCACUGUCAGGUCUCGGAGUGUGUAUUCUUACAGUAUGCUUCACUUGUCUUGGUCCUCUCUCCUCUCUUCCUUUUCUAUCAUUUCUCAGUCGCGAAACCUCUCGCCUUGUCUCCUUUCGUCUGCCCAGUGCAUGAGUACUGUCGAGCCUUUCUU